AUGUCUUUUGUAAAUACUAUUGUACGAUCAACUUUCAACAAGUCAACUUUGUUGAGCACGAGAAUUUCUCAAAGAUCUUUUCAUGGCUCAUCAAAACAUCGAGAUACUCCAGAAAACAAUGCAUCUAUUCCUUUUGAAUUUACACCUGAAAAUUUAAAUCGUGCUCAGGAGAUCAUAAAGCGGUAUCCUCCACAGUAUAAAAAAGCUGCUGUGAUACCAUUAUUAGAUCUUGGUCAACGUCAACUCGGGUGGACAAGUCUAUCUGUAAUGAAUGCUGUAGCAAAAUUAGUAGAAAUUCCUCCCAUGCGUGUAUAUGAAGUUGCAACCUUUUAUACAAUGUUUAAUAGAGAACCAGUUGGAAAAUAUUUCCUUCAACUUUGUACAACCACACCUUGUCAAUUAUGUGGUUCAACAAAGAUUUUAGAAACUAUUCAAAAUCAUUUAAAUAUAAAAGUUGAUGAGACCACACCUGAUGGUCUUUUUACAUUAGUGGAAGUUGAAUGCGCAGGAGCAUGUGUAAAUGCACCAGUUUUGGCUAUUAAUGAUGACUAUUACGAUUUAACACCAGAGACUACUAAAAAAAUUCUUGAUUUACUUAAAUCCGGAGAAAUCCCAAAACCUGGACCACAAUCUGGUCGUCAUACAUGUGAACCUCCUGGAGGGUUAACAACUUUGACAAGUCAACCACCUGGACCAGAUAAUAAUGAUUCUACUUAUGAAAGUAAUGAAAGUGAUUCUAAUGAAUACUCUGAAGAAAGCAAUUCAACUGUAACCUAUUAUCAUAAAUAUGGUCCUCAUGAAAAAUUUACUGUAACAAUAGUGGAUAUAAUGAAAAUAAAAAAAAUAUAUGAGUGUAAUGAAACAAGUGAAAAUAGUGAAAUGGGGAGACAUGACGAAAUAAUGGAAAGACAUGAUGAAAUAAUGGAUAGACAUGAUGAAAUAAUGGAUAGAUAUAAUGAAAUGGAUAAUUAA